UUCCCAAACAGCAUGGCCGCCCCGUAGACGAAACGUGCGAAAUAUAAUUUCUGUGACGUUCGUAGUAAAAUGGGGAGCUUUUCUACUAUACAUUUAUCAACCGUGUAGUUUUAACUUACGCCUAUAAACGGCAAACAUCUGAAUUGUAUAAAAUAUCUUCGCUGACCUGCACUACCGUACAGAGCUACUGUUUUCAGUAAUCAUUUGGCUAACUCCUGGUCACUGGCCAGUGAAAGCAGGGAGGUAUCCAGUGGUAGAAAUUAGUUUGUUGGAAGUUUCUUAUAAAGGCCUGGAGAAGAUUUGCGCACCAUGUCGACCAGUCAGACCUUAUUUGUGCAGAAUUUGCCUGCUGAUGCUUCCAACGAACGUUUGGAAGAAAUAUUCUCUGACAUAGGACCAGUGAAACACUGCUUUGUCGUGAAAGAUAAAGAAUCCGGCAAAUGUCGGGGCAUUGGCUAUGUCACCUUCCCAAUGGCAGAGGAUGCCAAGCGCGCGCUCACUGAUGUCAACAAGUAUGACGGAAAGAAGAUUCGUGUAUCAUUCGCGAAGAAAAAGCUCAAGGAAAAGAAGAAAGGAGCCCCAAAAGAAGAAACAGCCCCCAAGACGACUCCAAAAGCUACUGAAAUUCCUCGAAAGAAACAGCUGAAAGCACAACUCAUCAUAAGAAAUCUUAGUUUCAAAUGUUCUACAGAUGAUCUGAAACAAUUUUAUUCCAAGUAUGGUGCAGUCCAAGAGGUCAACAUUCCCCUUAAACCAGAUGGGAAGAUGCGUGGGUUCGCAUUUGUCCGCUUCAAGAACAUGAUGGAGGCCCACAAGGCACUGAAUGGCACCAAUAUGAAGGAGAUCAAAGGACGGCAAGUGGCUGUAGACUGGGCCGUCCCCAAAGACAAGUUUCAGGGGAAGAAGCCAAGUAACACAGCGGCGACUAUAAAACAACAAGAAGAAGAAGUUGCAGUCAAAGUUGAGAAUGAUGAUGAUGACGACGACGACGAUGAUGAUGAUGAUGAUGAUUCUGGAUCAGAGGAGGAAGUGGACGUGGCAGCAAAGAAAGCAACACAAAAGUCAGCUGCCGCUUCAAAGAAAAGUCAAAGCCAGCUGGAGGAGGAGGAGACAGAUGAUGACGACAGUGAUGAUGAAGAGGAGGACAAUGAUAGUGCUAUGGAAGAGGAAGAACAGAAUAGCUCUGGAGCUGAAGACUCUGAUGGUGAUGAUGAUGAUGAUGAUGAUGAUGAUGACGAUGACGACGGUCCAUCAGAUGAUGACGAUGAUGACAGCUAUGGUGAUGAUGAUGACGAUGAUGACGAAGAUGGUGCCUCCAAAAAGAAGAAGCGAGUUUUGCCAUCAGAUGUCCAUGAAGGAAAAACCGUCUUCAUCAGAAAUCUAUCCUUUGAUACGGAAGAGGAUGAGUUGGGGGAAGCACUGUCAAAGUUUGGCGAGCUGAAGUUUGUUCGGAUCGUGAUGCAUCGAGACACAGAGUCCUCUAAAGGUUGUGCAUUUGCACAGUUCAAAAACAAAGAGGCAGCAGACAGUUGCAUCGCCGCUUCCGAGGAUAGUGGAGGGUUCCGACUGGAUGGCCGACAGCUGAACAUAGUGGCAGCGGUGAGCCGUGAGGACGCUGAGAAGCUGAGGGACAAGAAGCCUAAAGUCCAGACGGGCUCCAGGAACCUCUACCUGGCCAGAGAGGGCUUGAUUCGAGCUGGAACAAAAGUAGCAGAGGGUGUUCCAGAAGCAGACAUGGCCAGGAGGACUAGAUUUGAGGAGCUGAAGCGGGCCAAGCUGCAGGACCUCAACAUCUUUGUGUCCAAGACGAGACUGUGCGUCCACAACCUGCCCAAGAGCGUGGACUACACAAAGCUCCGGACACUCUGCCUGCAGGCUGCGGUGGGUGGCAAAGGCUCCACCAACAAAGUCAAAAUCAGCGAGUGCCGCGUGAUGUAUGACAGGAAGCCGGAGAAGGGCCAGGUGAUGGGCCAGUCGCUAGGUUACGGCUUUGUGGAGUUCCGGGAGCAUGAGCACGCCCUCAAGGCCCUGCGCCACCUCAACAACAACCCCGACAUUUUCGGCCCCAACAAGAGGCCUAUUGUGGAGUUCUCACUGGAGGACAAACGGAAGUUGAAGAUCAAGGAGAUGCGACAACAGCAGGGCAAACAGUACCAGAAGAAGCCUGGGGGCCAAGCAGAGCAGCAGGCACCAGGGACAGGGCAGUCAAAGAACCAGCAGCAACAAAAGACCAAGCCGAACCAACUGCAACAACAACAGCAGAACUCUACGCAGCCUCAGCAGCAGAACAAGCUCAAGCAGAAUCCACAACAGCAGAAAUCCAAACAACAGCAGCAGCCGUCACAGCCACAACAGAAGACCUUUAAGCAGCCUCCACAGUCACAAAAUGCCAAGCAGCAGCAGCAGAGCAGCCCAUCCAAGAGGAAGGCCCAGGAGGAGCCAGAGGAGGCCGUGCCCGUCUCCGAGGAGGCCGGCAGCAGCAGUCGCUUCUCUGGCUUCAGGACCACGGCGGAGGUGGAGCAGGUGGAGCUGGCUGACGGCAAGAAGCGCCGCAAGGUCCUCCCCAUGCCCAAGAAACGAGGCCCCAAGAUCAGGCAUCGAGACAAAGGAAAGCAACCACCUGUACAGCCCAAGACUCCGAAGAAGGGUCCAACUAGGAAGGAACAGCUGGCUAUGCGCUCCCUAGAGAAAGUCACACAGCCCAAGAAACAGAACGCCAAGCCGGGGAAAAAGAGGUUCAGGAAUAAGGAGGAUGAUCGAUUCGACAGCCUCGUCGAACAGUACAAGAAGAAGUUGAUAGGCAACAACAACAACUCCAAAUCCCCCGUCAUUAAGAAAAGCAAAUGGUUCAGCAGCUGAGUUUUGUAUGUAUGUGAGUCAGAGUGUGAGAGGCUUGUGUGUCAUGUUCAUGCGUCUGUGUGCAUGUGGUGAGUAUGGACUGUAUAUGUCUGGUUGUUUUUUCCUGAGGAGCAUCAGAGACUGUAUUAUUUCUGUGAAUUUUAAUAUUAAAAACAACCCAGUUUUGAUAUAUAAAUGCAUCGGAAUCUUGUUAUAAUCCUUUUAGGAUUAUUUGAAAAGGCAUCUUUUGAGUGUUAAAGGCAUCUUUUUCAAGUGUCUUUCUUAAAUGUAUCAUGAAUUUUAAUUCUGGCAUUUAGUAAAGCAAUGAAAUGUCUUA